AUCUCCUGCUACUAUGCCCCACAUCCGUCUUCAUCCUCUUCACCCAUUUUCAUGAAAUCCCUGCUCGCCCAUCUCCCAUUCGCCCCACGCCGCCGCACCCGCCUAUAUGAACAUGCAGAAGAAGCCUUUAGGAUGAUCCCUGGGCCCUGUUUCAGCUGGCGCGUCUGGAAAGAGCGCGCAGAAGGCAUAUGGAGAUAUGGGGAAUACGAGCCAUCUCGUCCGAGUGCGUCGUCAACGAACCCGAACGCCUCAAAUUCUUCCUCUCGUACACCCGCAGACACAAGUAAAACAGAUACAGCCCGCACUAUUUUUUUCGGUCCACUGCCCGCUCCUCCACCUUCGCCUCCGCCUUCGCAUAAGGCUCUUUCCCAGACUUCAAGUAAAGCUCUUACUCCAUCCCUUCCCUUGUUCGCAUCCGUUUCGGGUGCUUUCGCAUUGGCAUUAUUGGUUGAAGAGAGCGCCGCUAGCGCUAGCGCUGCCCUGCAGAGCUCCAGCUCCACUCAUCCUGGACCUCCUUCUGAAUCUGAAAGGGCCGCACACAACGAUAGGACGGAAAACCUGACCUCUCCUGCGCUUCUUCAUGCAUUGUCUCGACAAGCACUAUGCGUGUGGGAGGGUGGCGUAGCCUUGUCCAAUUCAGGGUCAAAUUCAAAUAGUGCACAUGCGAGCGAGUACGACUUGGAUUAUGUAGCUGCGAUUGUGCUCGGCGUGCUGUUUGUACAAUACGAAGGAGGGAUGGAUUCUAGGAGAGGUGAGCGGUAUAUCCCCUUUAUCGGCAAACUUGUCAACAUCGCACGUACUAUGGGGCUCGGCGUCGACCCUGACCUCACACCUGGCAAGUAUGGCCUGUAUGAGAGCGAGGCGCGCCGGCGGGCAUGGUGGGAUAUUUGGUGGUGGGAUGCAUAUACGUCAACUCUAUCUUCACGUGCUCCGCUCAUUCCUCUGCACGCGUUCAGCACCCGCCUACCGCUUGAUGUUGACGAGGAAGUGUUCACGUCCGCGUGUACGUCUGCACCUCUCCUAAGCCCGACGGGCAAAGAGGGCGUGGGAAGGUGGUUUGGGAUGAGAGUAAGGUCAGUGAUACCUAGCUACACCCUUUGCGCGUCACUGACUUUCUCUAUCACUACAGACUCGCGCAGCUCGUAA